AUGAAGUCGGUGACCGGCGAAAUCGUCUCAUCGACACCCGUCUCUCUCUCCAAGGCUGCCUCCAUCCUCUCCCAAUUCGUCUCCGCCGACACCGGCGCUUCCCAGGCCGUCAACGCGUACCUCCGGCGCGCCAACUCUGCUUUCGAUGAGCUGGUACGAUUGCGCUCCAAAUCCGAGCGCAGGGCUCGCGAGAAUCACAGGUCAGGCCCUGCCGAACCCUCUGCACUUACCACCACUUCUGUUCCCACCGUCGAUGAGAGAGUUCAACUCUCUAAGGGGACGGCACAGCCCCAGUUGAACUCGGAGGAGCCACAUAAAAGAAAGAAGAAGAAGGAAGAGGAUGAGGUUAAGGUUGAGGAAGAGCUGCGUAAAGGCGAGGGUAAUGUUGAGGAAGAAGAGCUGUCAAAUAAGAAGAAGACGAAGAAGAGCGAUCUCGGUACUUCAGGGGGCGGCGAGAACAAGAAAGGGGUUGAGGUGAAGGGUGAACUGAGCCAUGCGGAAGCUAAUUUAGGGGAUUUGGGUAGUGAGAGUGAUAAGCAGAAAAAGAAAAAGAAGAAGCAUAAGAGUAAAGGACUUGAGAAUGGCGAUGUUGAUGGCUACAAGGUAAAUGGUGCCAUAACUGGUGCCCAGGAUGCUGUGAGUGAGAAAAAGAGGAUUAAGGAGGAAGAACAGAAGAGUGAUGGGGUGAAGCCAAAGGACGAGAAUAGGAAGAAGAGAAAGAGUGGUGAGAAUGGGGAGGAAAGUAGAGAUAACAGUCACUCCGAAGAGCGGCCGAGAAAGAAGAAGAGGUGA